CUAAAAAACUACUCCGUAUUAAUUCUAUUUUGGGUCACUAUUGUAUGUCGGGACGGUUAAAAAUUAAAAUGUCCACCCAUACCCCAACAUUUCAUCCUUUUUGGUCAAAUUAGCCAGAUAUUAGAUGAGGUACCAGAGAAAAUGGAAUAGAUCCAUAGAUGGGGCAAUACUGAGAGUCUUCUUCUGAUCAUCAGAGUUGAGAGAGAGAGGGAAUGGGGGCGGUGACAGCAUCGUUGAUAGCAAUAGCGGGAGUAGCACUGGGGUGGAUCACCAUUGAGGUGGCCUGCAAGCCUUGCCUGGACAAGGGCCGCGAAACCCUAGAUCGCAGCCUCAACCCGGAAUACGACCCGGACGACGACGACGACCUCCGUGCCCCUCUCGUCGUCCACAAUCCCACCCCGUCCCAACCCUCUUCUUCCACCAAACUCGUCUGAUCCAAUCCCAUCCCAUCCCGUCCUCCUUUCUGGGUAGGCUCUGCAUUUGCUCCAAACUCCGAUCCGGUCCGUUUUGGUUAGUAGUGUGUUGUAGCUGGUAUUUUCCUCUUCUUUCAUUGUGGUGUCACUGACCAAUCCGUACAGUUCCAUCGUCACUUGCAGAUGCUGAUAUUGUCGGCACUUUAGUAUUCCAAAUCACACUGCUCCCCUCAUUGAAGUGUCUGAAUGCCUCAAUAGGCUCAUGACAAUUGGAGAUCCAUAUAUAUACACACACUUUGCCAUUGAUACGCUAUCACUUACAACGAACCACGGAUGAUUUCCCACCAAAGCAUGAACCAAUUACUCCUUUUAAAUCACUACUAAGAGAAGAACAUAAGUGAGUUGGUUCAUUCUUUGGUGGAUAUCAACUUGGUUCGUUGUAAGUGCCACUAUGAAUGUUAAGGUAUAUAUGGAGUCCCAAUUAUCAUGAACUAAUAGAGGCUUUGUUGGGACACUCUGAUAAGGUGAGGAGUGUGAACUGUAAUACUAAGGUGCGGACGGUACUAGCAUCGGCAAGUAAUGAUGGGACGGUAGGGAUUUGGUCACCUGAUCGAAUUUCGACGGAAUAAGAGGAAAUAUCCGCUACAACGCACUACAAACCGAAAUGGCUGGGAGUUUGCAAAUAUCCGCUUUGUUUCAUUAAUUCUAGCAUUAUCUUUGUGGUAUUCUCCCUCUAUUCCUUUUCAAUUGAACAAUUUCUUGAUAUAUUGUCAAAUGAAUGAAUGUACACAUAAGAUAUAUCUAUAGUUUAUGAGCUAGGAAAUGAACUCGGGAUUGUUAUUUUCAUGGAUUUACUGAUUACUAAUCAAAGUAAUUGCUGGUU